AAACACGGAAGCGGAAGUGUGAAAAGAAUGGCGUUGCACUGAGCGGUUAGUUACACUUGUUUACAUCAGACUUUAUUUUCACUUAUUGGUAAAAGCCACGUACUGGCUUAGAGUGAGACAUAUUAGUCCAUCUCAAGGCUAAAGAAGAGGAUUUUCCAUCAUAACGGGAGAAAUGAAGAGCUCUGGAGUUUUGUUUCUGCACUUUUUGCUGUUGAUUGUGCCUCACAUCAGCUGCUGGAAUGAUGAGGCUGUGUUACUGCGUGAUGUCCAGGUUCUCACUCUCCAGAGAGGACGCUACACCACUGCACGUCGCUCCAGUCCUGUUCUACAGCUGCAGUGUGUUGGAGGAUCAGCUGGCUGUGGAUCAUUUGUUCCUGAGGUGGUCCAGUGUUACAACAGAGGAUCAGAUGGCAUAGACACACAGUGGGAAUGCAAGGCUGACAUGGACAACGUGUACAGGUUUGGGCGUGUGGAGGUCUCCUGUGAGGGUUAUAACAGUCCCAAUGACGCGUAUGUGCUGAGAGGCUCAUGCGGUCUGGAGUACACGCUGGAGCUCACAGCAGAAGGGAAGCAGCAGCACACGCACGGCACGUCUGGCUUCUCAGACUUUGCCUCAAACUUCUUCCAAGGCUUUUCUAAUCAAAAGCAGCAGCAGCAGCAGAGAGGAGGCCACUAUCAGCAGUCCAACAACCAGUAUCCCUUCCAGAACGGACCGUCUGGUGACGGAGUGGGUGGGCUUAUAGUGGUAGCUUUCCUUUUGCUGGUAGCAUAUGCUGUAUACAAGAUGUUUCUGUGCAGUCCUACUCACGGCCACCAAGGUUACCAUGGAGAUGGAUCCCAGGGAUACCCCGGGACCGGGGAUAACAGUCAUGGCAUGGAGCCACCACCGCCUGGAUUCAAACCAGAUUAUUACUCAGCAGAUCAGUCUAGCUCAAAGCCCGGGUACGGCUUUUCUGAUGCGUACACCAGACCUCAGAGUUCUUGGACUGGUUUCACUGGUGGAAACACUGGUGGACGUGGUGGGGGUGGAUUCUGGACUGGAAUGGGCACAGGUGGAAUUCUGGGAUAUCUGUUUGGCAAUCAGAGACGCCAGCCACCCAUGGGCUUCACAGGACCAUCUUACACCAACCGACCUUCUCCAGCACCAAAAACAAGCUCAGGAACACGGACAGCAUCAGGUUUUGGAGGAACUAAAAGAAGAUGAUUAACCAACCUCAGUUCUCAGAUUGGUACAUGAUCAACAGGCACAUUACAAAGAAUUACAAUGUUUUCUUCAUACUACUGUUCAUUUAUUGCCCAGACUUUGCUGAAAUAGACGUAGCACAUUAUUACUCUAGACUGGUUUGUUGUUGUUAUCUUAAAACAACCUGCCUUCUUUCAUUCUAGGUUUAACUGUGAAUUUAAAAAAUAACAUCCAAAAACAACUGAUUCGACU